GGGUGCGCGCCGCGCGCGCGCGCGCGGAACGCCGGCCGGUGAAAUUUACGCGGUCCCGCGCUGUCUUACCAACUAGCGCUUUAUCGCUUAUUCCAUCGAUGUAUAUAAAUACCUUGAAAAACGAGGGCGGCUUAUCCGAGCGGAAGGUACGAGACACGUCUGGCUCUCACGUGAUAUGCAUGUAUGAUGAUGUUCCUCUGACCCGUCGAUCGAUGCAACUUGAAAGAGAUAUUGCCGCUUGUCGGACAUGCUGAACGCUACACACGGAAAAAGAGAUCAUGAUCAUGUUUUCAGAAUAUAUUUUUUUAAUUCGGAAAUAUUGAAAUGAAAUUAUGUAACGCUAAAGACUUGCUUGUUUACACAAGGAAAUUUCAUUUUUAAUCAUGUAUUUUUAUUAACCAGGAAUAAUUUUCGUAAGUUGAGAAAAAAACAUAAGGACAUUUUCCAACUAAGAAUUGGAUUUUUUAAAUUCUAAUAUUAUUAAAAUAAUAUUGUGCUCUUUGGAUAAUUAUUAUAUCAAUAGAUCAAAAUUAAGAAAAUUUUGCUAAAAUUUAUAAUUAUUCAAUUUUGAAAGAAGAUUGGAAGAUAAGUUUUAUUUUUAUUAAAACAUCCUGCACACGCAAUGUAAAAUUCAGAAGCCUUACUAUUCUGUCUUCUGCAUCAGAAAAAAGGCCAUCGAUUUCCAUUAUCUAAAGCGAUGUUCUUCGACUAAAGAUACCGACGAGCGCCACAACUGGCGAGGUAAAAGCAUGUAGGGUUGCUCGGUCGAGUGGUGGUCUGCGGAUGAUAAGAGCAUUCCAGGCGGUAAUUUUGAACGCCUUGAUUGGCGGCUAUUUGGAGAGAGCGGUCCUUCAACUGGAGCUCUCGUCUUCGGAAGGAUGCGACGUUCGCAGUCUGUGGUAGAACGGCGUCGACGUCGUUCCUUCUCCAGAAACCGGACGCAAAUUAGUCAAAAGUUAAUUGAAGGAAAAAACCUAGGACAUAUCGUAUUCUGUUAAAAGAAAAAAAAAGACGGGUCAAAAAUUGCAAGGUGAACAUCAAAUACGAGUGUACCAAAACAGAAUCUUGUUUUUACAAUUUUUAUAAAUUUCAUUUAAAUCUAAUGCUGAAAAAUAUACCGACCGUCUAAAGUGCAAAAAGAUUCUAAUAUCAUGAGGGUUUCUUUGAGAAAAUCCGUUGCUUUUCCACCUUCGUCUAAGACAUAUAGAACCCCGGGAUACUGGUUGCUAUUUGUCGCGGGUGCCUUCUUCGUCUGCUGUUUGUGGAAGACUGGAUCAGUCAGCCGCUGGAGCUCCAACAUGCGCGCGAAAGCACUAAUCCACUUCGACCUGACGAUUCCGUCCUCGUCGUCAUCGUCGUCAUCAUCGUCGUCGCUGUCGUCGUCAUCGUCGACGUCACGUCGACCUCCCUUCGACAGGACCAACGCGAGACUCUCUCGCGACGCUGCGCGCCGAAAACAUCGGAGCAUUCUGUCCAGAUACAUGCUACAGCUGUACCAUCGGCGUCCGGACGCAGACGUCGUCCGCGCGGUUCAGCCGGUGCAUAUUUCCGGUCCGCUCAGCGACGGCGGCAGGAUCCUGGAAUUCGCGAUUCCGUCCAUCGGCGUCGACGAGACGCUAGAGGCCGCGGAAUUGCUCGGGAUAGCCGGCGCUAUAAUCAGAGUGCGAUCGUUGAACGAUCUAUCGACGAAGAAUGAAAGCGAGGUGAUUCGGAGAUCCAGAAAGGAUGAUGCCUGGCGGGCCUUCGACGUCACAUCCGUCAUUGCCGGUAGAAACGGCGGCACUGUCAAACUCUACGUCCAUGGCAGGUUGACUUAUCAUCCUUACGGCGACAAUCCGAUCCUCUUGCUCAACUACAGCAAGGUCCGACGCUAUCGUCGAUCCGCGGAGGAGCAAGAGGAUCAGGAUCGCUGGGAAGACGAAUUACCGCGAAGACGACGUCGGAACAACUGUCGCCGGCGGCCCAUGUACGUGGACUUUGCCUUGAUCGCGUAUGACGAGUGGGUGGUCGCACCGCCGGGAUACGAGGCUUACCAGUGCACCGGCAAGUGCUUCUUCCCGCUGGGUGAUCACCUCAGCCCGACUAAGCACGCGAUAGUGCAGACGUUGAUGCACGGCGCUCUCCAAGCAAGCGAGGAUCUCCGUGGUAACAAAUUCAUAGGCAGAGCUUGCUGCGUACCCACCAGACUGGCACCGACGAGUCUACUCUACUUGGACACCAGAGGUACUUUGACCUACGAGUACGGCUACGAGGACAUGGUCGUCUCCGAGUGCGGUUGCCGUUAAUCAAUGAUAAUCAAUUGGAUCGUACGUUGUAGACGUUGGACAAACAAUACAUGUCUUUCGCUUUUUUAUUAACAGAAUUAACGGAGUUAUCGUUGUGUAGAAACGAGCAUACCAAAUACAGAAUCUAAAUACAGUUAAACCCGGAUGCAUCAUGAUUUUCGAAGAAGUGAAGAAUACAUUUUAAACAAGACGAAUGCCAGAGAUAAAUUAUUUUUACUGUUUCUAUAUAAAAAAUGAUCCUGUUGGAAAUUAAUUUUCAGGAUAUAUAAUUAAGCAAAAAAAUUUCCAGAUUUUAAACUUUGUCUCCUCUAUCAAAAAUUUUAAAACAGUUUUCAUGUAAUAGUAUUAAUACGUGUAUGGUAACUAAUAUAACAUAAAAUUGAGUAAUCGAUGUAUCAACAAAAAACUUCGAACAUAUAUCACCAUAUAUCAGGGAUCAAAUGUAGAGCAUUAUCCAUCGAUAUGAACACAACCGUUGCCAUACUCAGAUUCCACUGUUACACUAUUAGGGGUCGCAAUAAAAAAGAAAAACAGUGUCA